AUGGACCAAACUUUCGACACUUCUAACAAAGUUCAGGAUUCCAAUAUGACAGCUAAACAGAGGUUUGAAUCGUUCAAGAUGGGUGGUGGUGCCCCAGCCAAUAGUUUAAACAAUUACAUUCCAAAGCAUUCACACGGACGAUCUCGCUCUCGCAACGGUUCAAUAUCUUCUCUUUCAACAUUAUCUAUUUCUGCUUCUGCACCUUCAUUCCCCCCUCCAGUUGAAUUUUCUUUGAAUAAUGCGCCUUCAAACGCAGCUCCUUCAAAGCGCCCAAAUUCCCAUCACAGGCGUCGUUCUUCUGUUUCAACUCGCCGCGAGUCGGCAGAGCUUAUGGGCGUGUCUCUUCCUGACCUUCCAGCAGCUAAUUCAGAUGAUAACAUAAAUCUUGGCGACAGGGAUUCUAUUCGUCGUAGGGCACUCUGGGCUCUUGAAGGAAAGCCCGACCUUGCUUUCUCCAAGGUCGAAAUUCCUGAUAUCACGUCCCCUAAUUUGACAAAGCCCUUUGAUUUCCCAACCAAGCCGUCUUUCCCUCCUGGUACUGGUAUCGGUGGGCAUGGCAUCAGUAGCCUCAUGAACAAGCGUGAUUCAUUCGGCAAAAUGUUUACUUCUACUUCUACCUCCAAAGAUCAGCUUCAGACACUAGUUGAGGAGGAGGAAGAGGAAUCCGAAGAAGAACAUCUUGCUCAAGUUGCCGAGGUUGUCGAGGAAUUUACAGAAGGUCCCGCUGAUCCACUCGUUGCUUCACCCUCUACAGUGACAAAGUCUGCUGCACGUCACCGUCCCGCCAGCCUCAAUCUCAGGCCUCUCUCUCUUGUUUCUGGGAAUCCUGUCAGAUGCACACCCGGAAAUCUCCCCACGCCCACUCUUACGCCGAAUCAUCGGCCCAAUGGUCUGAGAUCUCUCGCUUUGACGUCCGGCUCUGAAACCUCGCUUACGAACCCCGAGCUUACAGAAAGUAGCACAGAUCGCCACUCCACCACUGUCACAUCUUCUUCUUCCGGUUCCUUCAGUCUGGCUUCACGUCGCUCUCUUUCAUCCGAAAGCUCUGACAUCAGCAGGAAACGUAGUAGCAUUUCAUACAAACGCUCCGUUACCUCCAUUCCUCGCGGGACGGGUGUUUUGCCCACGCCUGAUUCGACUCCAACCAACCAUCGGUUUUCGGAGUUGAAUAAUGUAGAAUUCAUCGCAGAACAGCCCCUCACCACAGCCGAGCAUCAUUUUUUAUUUAGAUCGCACAAUGUGCUCCUGGCUCGCAUAAUGGAUCUCGAGCGCACGCUACGUUCGCGAUCAAUGUCCCGAUCGCGACCCCUUUCCAUGGCUUCAGAGGCUUCGGCAGCGUCAUCCGAGCCAAGCGACGAAAUGCUGCAGCUGAUUUCGGAUCUCAAGGCUGAGCGUGACGAGCUGAAGAGAGACGUAGAUGGAUGGCGCAUGCGUGUAGCUGAUGUAGAUAAACAAGCUGGCGUCCUGGCAAGGCGAGUUGAAGCUGAGAGACGAGAAGCCUGGGUCGCGCGCUCGCGGCUUGGUCUACUGGAAGUAGAGAAGCGUAGCCUGGACAAGGCACUCAGUAACAUGAAUGCCGAACUCCAGCAAUCGAUAAGCCAGAGCGAGCAGUUGAAGAAGGAAUGUGAUGGCAUGAAGGAAGAGCUGGACCGGUUGCGUGCUCGUCUCCAGGAUGCUGACAACGCAAGCUUGAGGGAGUUCUUGAAGAUGCCGGAUUACUUGAACAUACCCACCAUUCCACUUUCUGGUUCAGCGCCUGAUCGGUCUUAUGAUACCCAUGCUCGUGGACUUGGCUUCCAGUCCAUCGACUCUGACGGCUCUUCGACCGAUGUCGAGUCUGUCGACCACAGCUUUACCAAGGCUGAAUUGACCCUCGAUGCUGUCACAGAGGAAGAUGAGGAUGAGUACGAGGACGGCUGUGACUUUUCUGAUGAGGAGGAUGAGUUGGCUGGUUACGAAGAUGCAGAAGACUCUGACCUCAGUUUCCAAAGUCCAGAUGGCUCAUCCAUUGGCUCCGGGGACGAACUUGACCUCAUGUCAGUCUCAGUCCUAACCGAAACUACAAACCGACUCAACACGUUGUCCAAACCUGCUCCGUCGAGGUCUUUGCAUUCUCGACACAAUUCACUUUCUAAGACGUGGACAUUCCCCAGGGGUCAGCCUGUCACAGUCAAGCGUGAUGUUGAUGAGGUUGACCGAUUCUUCGGAUGCCUCGAUGACGUUGAAAAUUCCCCCCCAUUUGACGUUGGCACUGUUGUCGAUUCUCACCUUCCGACGUCGAGGAGCCUUGAUGUUGUGCCGGAAGAAGACGAAGGCAAUGAAGGCGAAGCUGAUGACGAGAAUGACGGUGAACUCCUUGGCGAGGAGGUCGAGGGCGGGAUCCGUUUCACAUUCAACCCUCCGCCAACUGUCUGUGGUCCUCCACCUGUCAUCUGCAUCACACCUCCGGCCGAUUCUGAGCCGGCAUCCGUUGCGAGAAAACCUGUCCUUAUCUACGAGCCUUUUGAUGAUGAGGAAGAGGAUGGUUCUCCCUUCACUUUCCCCCAGUCCAGGGUACAGGAGCCGAUCACUCCGUCAUCUUCUUCGCCACCGACUUCGGAAAGCAGUAGCCGUCCAUCAAGCCGGACAAGUAGCUCGCCAUCGUCAAUUCCUCGUGCAACUUCACUGCGCUCAUUCAUACCGCUCACACCGCCCUCUUCAGCUACACCGCCCAGAAGCGCGUCUGAUCGUUUUAAUUCACUAGCAGACUAUCCGGCGACGUCGUUUGUUACCCCUCCGUCACGGCGCGGCGGGACCACCCCAUCCUUCAUCCCUCAACCAAUCUCGCCCUCGCCAUCCAAGAUUUUCAGCCCUUCAAAAUGCCGCGUUCCUGUUCCGCCAAUGCGUUCUAAGGGUGCUACAAAUGUCAACGGUGCAACUCUCAGAUACUACGGCACCGCAGAGAAGAUAGCCGAAGCAAAAUCAGAUCCCUCCGAAACUUGUGAAUACCUUGACCAAGACGCCUCGAUUUCAUCUUUAUCGUCCAUUAUGCCUUCACCGCUUGCGGCACGAUUUUCAUUCCAGACACUGUCCAACUUGAUUCCCCUUUCGUGGACGCCGGGUGCGGCCGCGGUUAUGUCGCGUACUACACCUAGGACCUCAGUUGGCUUGACUGAUGAUGUUGCAGAGGCAGCAUCGUCAUUUACUAGUGCCUGUCCUGGUGUACGACGCUCGAUUGAAAGGAGAUUUGUUUCUAGGGAUCAGCAGUUGGAGAAGCUGAGAAAUCGACUUGUCAAUAACCAUAUUGACGGCACAGGACGCUGUUUUGCAGUCGCUCCUUGUGGUGCUGGCAAGGGCGCCAACAUUUUCUUGUGA